GUGUCGAAGACGCGUGAUUUCUCUGUCGUUUAUAUUUUUACCCAUACUAUAAGUAAGAUGGGCACAUGUACAUCACCCGAUAUACUGGAAAGGCUACACUCAUCUACAUCAGUCCCAAACCCCAGGGUGCAUCAUCUCACGCCAGUCGCCAUACCCCACGAGCACCUGGCUGUCCCCCAAACUCAGGAGCAACUUUCCAUGGUCGGAAACAACUGGAAUGGAGUAAGCGCCCCAACUUGCUGUAGAUGUGGAAACGCAAUCUUCGACAGACUAGUGGUUCGCGUGCAAGAUGAAGUAAUGCACAGCGCAUGCGUUCGAUGUACGGCGUGUGGCGUGGAAGUGUCGAAUGUUUGUUUUUCUGACGGGACCGACAUCUAUUGUCAAACUGACUUUUACAGGAGGUUUGGCGGAAUGUGUUCUGGAUGCUCUGGUAUGGUAGCUCCAGAGGAGUCCGUUCGAAUGGCAGGCAACAACAUCUAUCACGAGACCUGUUUUGCGUGCGCAGUGUGUCGCGUUGGAUUACAGACCGGUGAUAAAUUCUACAUUCGGGAAGACGAUAAGCUUUUAUGCGACCAGGACCUCCAAAAAAUCACAACUCAAGCGUCAGAGGACCGAAACAUAACCUCCACUGGUGACGGCCACACAAGUAAACGACUCGCGUUAAACCUGAAUCAUAAUCAGAGGGAUAUAUUAGAACAUGCGUAUAGGAGUAACCCACGACCUCCACGUCACAUCCGGCAGAAACUGAGUACUCUUACAGGCAUUGAAACCAGGCUGAUACACUCGUGGUUCCGUAAUAAACGAAGCAAAACCAGGAGUCGAAGAAUAAGAAAUAUCCGCAGAGGAUGUGGUGGCAGAAAUCAGGAUUCUGGGCUUAGUGACAAUGAAACAACUUCCGGUUCUCUCUCGGGUUCUGGAGACGAUGUGCAGAAUACAAUAAAUGAAGUGCAGUACCCGAUGAAUUACUCCAGUGAUCUGUCUACUCUACAGACCAGCGCUAUCGCCAGAUCACCUCUCAACAGACUAAAUACCUGGCUCAAACACAUAGAUUCCCUGGCAGUAGACGCGGUCCCACCUAACAUUGAACUGAAGGCGUCAGACUUCACACGAGACGGAGAAAUAAAGCUGGACUCCAACAGAGACAGCCAGAAUCAAUAUAGCGACCUUCAAUGGUAUCAACGACAGGUGGAGCAUCACGAUAGCGACACCUGGAUUCCUGCGAUUUAAAACAAUUUUACGUCAUCACUAUGCUUUUCUCCUUGUUUUAUCGCUGGAGUAGAACAAUUUGAAUCCAAGCAGG